UACAUACGUAGAUAUAAGAUCAAGGCGGCAGCUCUUAUAUAUACAUAAAUCAAAAUAUUGUGCAGAUGCAAGGUAUAACAAGCUUAAACCACAGUCCUAUCGAUUAAGGCGGUGGGUGUGGCAAUUCGCGUGUAUAAAUGUAAAAUAAAAAAAAAGUGAAGAAAAUGCGUUGUAUAUUCAAUGCCUAACAACACAGCAGCAAAAUUGUCAGUUACCUUAGUUUUUAUUCAAAAAUUUGCCUCCAAAUGUCACUGAGCCAUGAGAUAUUUGCCCAGCAAUUGCGACAGCUCCAAGUUAGGGAUUGGCGCCGAAACUACGCUGCUGCACGGAGACGUCGCAAUCGCCGGGAUUAUCUAGGUCCAGAUGAACGCUAUCCUGGCGGGCAGGAGCCACAGCAUUGCAACAGCAACAGUAAUUGUGUUGUGCCCCUUCUGCACAUCUGGUUGCGACUGCACUUGCUCUCGCCCCACUCAACGUCGAGUAGCCAGCUGCGCGAUGUUCAUCGUCUUCGGCUGGAACAGCGCCCGCUGCUGCAGAAUCUGCGCCAGAUCGUCUCAAUGCUUUGGAAAAGAUUCUGUCGCAUGGCGUUCCCAGUGUCCGGAGUCGCUGAUACUGCACGGCACGGGAUGAUGCGCAAUCCAACGCGGGCUGUGCAGAGCCAGCGAGAGAGUUGGAUACAGUACUUGGUCAAGAUCUUUAAGUCGAUAUCAAAGAAAUUGGAACUAGCACUCGUCCCUUCGGGACGUAAGCUCACCUAUGAGAAUACAUCGGCAGCCAUGGAAUUAAUGAACAUAAGCGUUAUUUCCGAGCAACUGAACUCUCUUCUCAUUGAUUAUAUGGUUAACAACGAUGUGUAUUUGAUGGACCAAUCCCGAACAGCGCUUGGCGUACUUGAUUAGAAACCGACUAACAUCUCCAGAUUUUUUAUUCUAUUUGUAGUGUUGUAAAACGCUCGCAAUAAACCAAAUUGAGCAGCCACCAA